ACCGACUGUCAAGACUUCCACACGGAAAAGAUCAUUAACGCAGCCCCAGGGGCUCAAGGAGGCACGGAAGUCAGUGUGGAGGUCUAUUUUGAGCCCAGCCACCUGGGCGAGACCAAGGGCAUCCUGAUGCUGUCAUCGAUUACAGGCGGGGAGUAUAUCAUCCCCCUCUUCGGAGUGGCUCUGCCCCCGAAGCCCCAAGCCCCUCUCUCCUCUCUCUCCAGGCUGGUCCGGGAGUUUGUGGCCCAGAACAACACCGUGCAAAUCAAGCAUGUGAUCCAGACCCUGUCUCAGGAGUUUGCCCUGUCUCAGCACCCCCACAGCCGGAAGGGGGGCCUCAUCGGCCUGGCCGCCUGCUCUAUCGCACUGGGCAAGGACUCAGGGCUGUACCUGAAGGAGCUCAUCGAGCCGGUGCUAACCUGCUUCAACGACGCCGACAGCCGGCUGCGCUACUACGCGUGUGAGGCGCUGUACAACAUCGUCAAGGUGGCCCGCGGCGCCGUGCUGCCCCACUUCAACGUGCUCUUCGACGGGCUCAGCAAGUUGGCUGCAGACCCAGACCCCAAUGUGAAAAGUGGAUCUGAGCUCCUAGACCGCCUUUUAAAGGACAUUGUGACGGAGAGCAACAAGUUCGACCUGGUGGGCUUCAUCCCUUUGUUGCGAGAGAGGAUUUACUCCAACAACCAGUACGCCCGGCAGUUCAUCAUCUCCUGGAUCCUGGUUCUGGAGUCCGUGCCAGACAUCAACCUGCUGGAUUACUUGCCGGAGAUCCUGGACGGGCUCUUCCAGAUCCUGGGUGACAAUGGCAAAGAGAUUCGGAAAAUGUGUGAGGUGGUCCUUGGAGAAUUCUUGAAAGAGAUUAAGAAGAACCCCUCCAGUGUUAAGUUUGCAGAGAUGGCCAACAUCCUGGUGAUCCACUGCCAGACCACAGAUGACCUGAUCCAGCUGACGGCCAUGUGCUGGAUGCGGGAGUUCAUCCAGCUGGCUGGCCGGGUGAUGCUGCCCUACUCUUCUGGGAUCCUGACCGCCGUCUUGCCCUGCCUGGCCUAUGAUGACCGCAAGAAAAGCAUCAAGGAGGUGGCCAACGUGUGUAACCAAAGCCUGAUGAAGCUGGUCACCCCUGAGGAUGACGAGCCUGAUGAGCUGAAGCCAACGGCGCAGAGGCCGGCAGAGCCCAACCCCGAUGACACCCUGGCCAAGCAGGAAGGGACAGCUGGUGGAGGCCCCGAUGGUUCCUGUGACUCCAGCUUCAGUAGUGGCAGCGGCGUCUUCACACCAGCCAGCACCGAGAGGGCCCCGGUCACACUCCACCUCGAUGGCAUUGUGCAGGUCCUAAACUGCCACCUCAGUGACAUGGCCAUCGGGAUGAUGACCAGGAUCGCCGUCCUGAAGUGGCUGUACCACCUCUAUAUCAAGACUCCCCGGAAGAUGUUCCGGCACACCGACAGCCUCUUCCCCAUCCUGCUGCAGACGCUAUCGGAUGAAUCCGACGAGUGGCAGCACAUGGCUGUGAGGGUGAACUGA